AUGUCGCUUAUCUAUCUACCUGAGAAGACAUGGUCCAUGCGUUAUGGGUCCGAGUACUUUACAGUACGUAUUAUCAAGUAUCUUAUCAAGGAUCAGCAUGAAUGUGCAUUCUAUGAGCUUCAGGUUUAUAAUGGAAGACGUAAUUGGAUUGUUUUACGUCGUUUUAGUGAGUUUGACAGGUUACAAGCAAGUGUGCGCUUUAUAGCGGGUAAUCGAUUGCCAAAGUUACCACCUAAAACUUAUUGCUGUCGGGAUCUUAAUCCUGAUUUUCUAGCUAGACGCAAAGACUUGUUGCAGAUUUUCCUCCAUGAUAUGCUCCAAAUUCCUGGUGUUGCUGAUGAUGAUCAUGUUCGUGAGUUCUUGGGUCUCAAGUUGUCCACAGAGCUCUACGUGUGA